AUGCUUACGCGGGCAGCGGGACGCAAAUUGCGCAGAGAUGCCUUUAGGACGCCCACGACUCUUUCCGACCAACUGACGCUGCCAUGGUUGUGUCCCGCACUGUCACGAGCGCAUUCGCAGACGCCUUCGAUGGCUGCAAGACGCAGCGCACACGACUCGACAACACGACGUCGACAACGUCGCUCGUCACUGUCCCUCCCCCUCUCUUCCUCAAUAUCUGCUGCUCUUCCUGCGGCAGUUCGUCACGACACACGCUCGCUCGCUACGACGGCAGAAUUGCAGCCCCCGCCGCCCUCCUCGCUUUCCUUCAAUCCUUUCACCCAAGCCUUUGGCCGUCAUCCACCCCACGCAGACCUCUCCCGCCUACCGCUAUGGGAUUCUACCGAACCCCUUGUCGUUCACGAUUCACUGGCUUCGAUGCCACAACUUCGAGCCGUUCCCGGUGUCGGGAGCGACCCUACCGAGCUACACCAAAACCUAUAUGCCUGUCUACGGGUCGGUCGUGUGGAUCGUGCCGCUGUAAUUGUCAACCGACUCAUGACUAUAUACAGACCAGAUGCACCCGAAGUGAUUGACGCACAUAACGUCUACCUCCAGACCCUCUUGGACUUGGGCCAAUACGAAGACAAAUCCUCGGCAAUGAAAAAGAUACAGACUUGGUACAAAGCCAAGAUGCUGCGCCAGGGCGUUCAGCCCAGUGCCCAGACAUUUGUCACUCUCAUACGUUCCGCAAUGCACUUCCUCGAUGACAGCGCCGCAGAGGAUGCUGUUCGAGCACACAUUGCCACUGCGCGCGAGUACGGUGAGCAUGUUGUUGACAGCAUUAAUGCUUCACCCGACUUUUCCGACGAAGAGUGGGAUCUUUUGAUUCGUCUACAGCCCGAGUCAUUCAACGAGCCUCCGACGGUUGAGCAGGUUCAACAUCUCCAUGUCAGCACACCAGACGGCCGCACCAAUCUUAUCGCCCACGGCCUAGUACCACAUCCUGCACAGGAAAUCAAGCCUGUCAAGCAGAAAGGCAUGGGUUUAGACUCGCUGAAACAGGCACUCAAUGUCUUCGAUCAUGGAGACUGUGUCCCCUACCCACACGACAUGGAGGGCACGCAAGAGGAGAAGGAUCAAGCAUACGCAUACGCACGACAGAUUCAGAUGGAGCAGGAUGGUAUGGAAGCCGCUGUCAAGAGAUGGAAAGCUGAGGACGAGAAACUGCAGGAAAUUGGCAUUCAUGGCGUCAUGAACACAAAGCCUAUUCAAGCCAUGAUGUAUAGCUGGUACACCGCCCUAAUACCAUUGUUCAAGAAGCGCAUUGAGCAUGCCAAGCAAGUUUUGUUAGAACCUCCAAAAGCCACAACGCGAGACGACGCCCACACAUAUGGAGUUUGGCUAGAGCGAUGCAAGCCCGAGAAAUUAGCGGCUAUCACAGUUGCCCGUGCCACUCAAUCUGCGGUAAAAGGAAAAGGAGAAGACAGUUCUGCUCUCAAGAUAUCGGCCUUGUCAAUUGCCGUGGGUAACGACAUUGAGGACUACCUCAAUGCCGAAACCCAAACUCGCCGAGACACUUUUCUUAAAAAGCAGCGUAAACAAACCCGCUUAAACUUGGUCAGCACGCUUGCCAAAUCAGGUUCGACAUCAUCCACAGAAAAAGAAACCCAAAAGGUGAAGAGUAACAUGUUUGAGUUUGAGAAGGUCAACAUGCCUAUCUCGGCUCGGACAAAGCUUGGUGCUAUGUGCAUCGAACAGUUACUUCAGUCAGCAACUCUUGUGGUGACGGCGAAAGACCCGAGAACCGGCAAAUCAGUCUCUCGUAGCAUGGCUGCUUUUCAUCACCAGGUUGGAUUCCAUCAAGGCAAAAAGCUCGGUUUCCUAGUGCCACAUCACGAGCUCAUGGCCAAGAUGCGUACAGACUCUGUUCAUAGCAUUCAAACGGUCCGGCUGCCGAUGGUAGUUGAACCAAAGCCGUGGUCAAGUUUUGAAGAUGGUGGAUACUAUACUGUGCCACAGAAAAUUGUUCGUCAAAAAGGUGGUGAUGCUGCCCAGCGGGCGUAUGCUAAGCUGGCCAUAGAAAACGGUGACAUGUCCAAAGUAAUGGCCGGCCUUGAUGUUCUAGGAAAAGUUCCCUGGCAGAUCAACGCUCCUGUCUUCGACGUGAUGGCUCGUGCUUGGAACGCUGGUGAGAGCAUUGGAUCUUUAGUUGGUGAGGACGCCAUCACAAGUCUCAAGCGCCCCUCUGAACCUUCUGCGGAAGCUUCAUUCCAAGAACGAUCACGAUGGAACAAAGCCCUUCAGGAGUAUGAAGACACAAUUAGUGGCCUUCAUUCCCAAAGAUGCUUUCAAAACUUCCAGCUUGAGACUGCCCGAGCGUAUGCCAACGAGAAAAAGAUCUACUUUCCUCACAGUGUGGAUUUCCGAGGCCGAGCGUACCCAAUACCACCUAUUCUUAACCACAUUGGCUCAGAUCUCUCAAGAGGUCUUCUUAAGUUUGCACAUGGCAAAGAGCUUGGUGCUGUUGGCUUGCAGUGGCUAAAGAUCCAUCUUGCCAACUUGUACGGUUUCGACAAGGCAAGUUUGCGAGAACGUGAGCAGUUCGCCAUGGACCACAUGAGCGAGAUUUGCGAUUCUGCGAGUCAGCCCCUAGAGGGACAGCGAUGGUGGACCAAGGCCGAAGAUCCGUGGCAAUGCUUAGCAUGCUGCAUUGAGUUAAAGAACGCUUUCGACCUACCUGAUCCGACCCGCUUUGUAUCACAACUACCUGUUCAUCAGGAUGGAACCUGCAAUGGACUGCAGCAUUACGCGGCCUUGGGCGGCGACCACGCUGGCGCUCGCCAAGUCAACCUUGAGCCUUCGGAUAGACCUCAGGACAUCUACACCGGUGUUGCGGAGCUCGUGAAAGAAAUGGUUGCUAAGGAUGCCAGCAAAGGUUUACCUGUUGCGAACUUCAUAGAUGGACACAUUUCUCGAAAGGUCGUCAAACGGACGGUCAUGACCAAUGUGUAUGGUGUUACGUUCAUGGGAGCGAAGCAACAGGUUCAAGAUGAGCUUCGCAAUCUUUUCCCCCAUUUUCAGCCUACGGACAAGGUGAAGUCACUCGGAGUUGUUGCUUUGUACGUUGCACAAAGGAUUUUCGAAGCACUGGGCAAGAUUUUCAACGGCGCACAAGAAAUCCAAUACUGGCUGGGCGAAUGCGGUGAUCGUAUCACAACAUCGAUCUCUGCUGAACAAAUCAAACGGAUUCAGGAACGAUUUGAGGGAAUGGAUCCUGCGGUAGUGCUAUAUGACCCGAAGUUUGCUGCCCCCAAAAAGGUCACUACGCUCCAGAUCAGCAAGCUAAACAAGAAUAUGGAGAAGUUUAAGACCAGCAUCAUUUGGACGUCCCCUCUCAAGAUGCCCAUUGUGCAGCCGUACAGAAAAGAUACCGUCCAAAAAAUCAGGACCAAGAUUCAGGAUAUCACCGUCGCAAAGAAAUCACAGCAGGACGAGGUUGACAAGCGUAAACAACUGCAAGCAUUUCCUCCCAACUUUAUUCAUUCUCUGGAUGCCACGCACAUGACGCUGUCAGCGUUGAAAGCCAACGAAAUGGGUCUCGAUUUUGCGGCUGUACAUGACAGUUUCUGGACACACGCAUCUGAUAUCCCAAACCUGAAUAUAAUCCUUCGCGAUGCGUUUGUACGCAUGCAUAGUGAGGACAUCAUCGCUCGUCUUGCUGCAGAGUUCUCCGCACGCUAUGCAGGGGCGAUGUAUCGCGCUACUGUUGUCAACCAUUCAGAGGCUGGACGGAAGAUAAUCAAAUGGAGGAUGGAAAACCGAAAAACUGGAGGACAAGCCACAAGAGUCAGUUGGUCGGCCCGAGCGGAUGCUUCAUUUGAAGAAGUUGCACUAGAGGCCAAACGGCAAGAGUUGCUAAAGAGCGAAGACCCCAAGCAAAGGAAAGAGGGUGAAGAGAUGGAGACACCCACCAGCAUAUGGCUCGCGAACCAGGAUCCGAAGGCACUCCAUUCUUUCCGGCUCCAAUUACUCGGUGAGACAAAAGAAAAAGAAUCGGCAGAACGGCAAACGGAGAUCAGAGGCGAUGUUCUGGAUGGGAUAGCAGAGCCUUGCACCACCACCGAAUCAACCAUGCAUCUUGUUGAAAACGAUGCAGAGGAUCUUGCAAAAGAUCCUCAGAGUGGAGGCCUCCAUGGGAAGAAGAAACCACCCUCUCGCAUUGCUGCCGACAAAAGCACGAUUCAGGUUUGGUUGCCUUUGGAGUUUCCUCAAAUCCCUAAGAAGGGUGGCUGGGAUGUUUCUCGUCUUCGAGAAUCAAAAUACUUCUUCUCUUGA